UUUGUUUUAAACCACACUAUUGCAUUUCCCCCCAUUUUGGAAAGCUUUAUAGUUGGAAAGAAUGAAAACCUGAUCUGACCCCUUCAUUUUAUGGUUGAAGCAAAAUCUAAGUAGGAAAAAUCACUUGGUACAAGUCACAAGUCAGUGGUAGAGCUGCCGCAAAUGCUUUUUGAAUACGUGUGAUUAUGAAUCUAAAUGGCGGAUGGCAGGGAGUGAUAAGUGGAUGUUUCCAAGGAUUGUCUUCAGUCAUGGCCUUGGGAUUAAAGUGCUUCCGCAUGGUCUACCCUGCCUUCCGCAAUUAUCUUGCAGCCUCUAUCAGACCCGUUUCAGAAGUUGCACUGAAGACAGUGCAUGAAAGACAGCAUGGCCAUAGGCAAUACGUGGCCUAUUCAGCUGUACCAGUCCGCCAUUUUGCUACCAAGAAAGCCAAAGCCAAAGGGAAAGGACAGUCCCAAACCAGAGUGAAUAUUAAUGCUGCCUUGGUUGAGGAUAUAAUCAACUUGGAAGAGGUGAAUGAAGAAAUGAAGUCUGUGAUAGAAGCACUCAAGGAUAAUUUCAAUAAGACUCUCAAUAUAAGGACCUCACCAGGAUCCCUUGACAAGAUUGCUGUGGUAACUGCUGAUGGGAAGCUUGCUUUAAACCAGAUUAGCCAGAUCUCCAUGAAGUCGCCACAGCUGAUUUUGGUGAAUAUGGCCAGCUUCCCAGAGUGUACAGCUGCAGCUAUCAAGGCUAUAAGAGAAAGUGGAAUGAAUCUGAACCCAGAAGUGGAAGGGACGCUAAUUCGGGUACCCAUUCCCCAAGUAACCAGAGAGCACAGAGAAAUGCUGGUGAAACUGGCCAAACAGAACACCAACAAGGCCAAAGACUCUUUACGGAAGGUUCGCACCAACUCAAUGAACAAACUGAAGAAAUCCAAGGAUACAGUCUCGGAGGACACCAUUAGGCUAAUAGAGAAACAGAUCAGCCAAAUGGCCGAUGACACAGUGGCAGAACUGGACAGGCAUCUGGCAGUGAAGACCAAAGAACUCCUUGGAUGAAAGUCCACUGGGGCCAGCAAUACUCCAGAGCCCAGUUUCUGCUGGAUCCCAUGGGUGGCACAUUGGGACCUCUCUCCCUCCCCCUUCCACACAGAAGACUUCACCAUGCUGACAGAAGGCUGUCUUUGUGAGGCCCAGCCUUCUGGGGGAACACUCAGACUUGUUCAUUCUCUUCCUCCUUCUGCUCUGGGCCGUCUGACGUGGGUGGCUCUCAGAAAAUACUUGCUGCUGGCAAAGGGCCUUUACUCAGGCAUUUGCUUUGACUUGAUGUUGCCAAGGGACUGAGGCCAUUGGCAGGCUUAGUACCACCUGCUCCUCAUCUUAGGAGCCUCCUUUUCACAUAAUUAGGCUCUGUUCCCAUUUUAAAACUCUGAUAUGGGCCUUCACCUAUGACUGGACACUUCACUAGAGGCCCAUUUUCACUAAACAAUAAAAUCUAAAUAAAUUGGAAGGAAUAACAACCACAAAGGAAAGAAUAUAGUUGGUCUGGAUUGAUGAUCACUGAGGAUCUGUGUGUGAGGCACCCAGAACAGUAGUUUUGCCUGUGAGUCAUCUUCACACAUGUUCUUUUCUCUGCCUGGAUCUCUCUUCCCCUCCUUACCUGGCCAGUCCUGUUUAUCAUCAGGCCUUGUCUUGGAUAUCACAUACUCUGGGAAGUCUUCUUUUCCCCUCUAACCUAGGACCCUCAUUACCGGCUCUCAUAGCACAGUCUACUGCUUUGUACGAACUCUUAAGUAUUCAUUUAAUUAGCCUAUAUAUCCUCAGAACUUUGUGUAAUGCCUGGAGCAUAGUAGGCAGUCAUAUGUUGUAUUGUGAAUAAAUUGCACAUAGUAGCUACCCAGCAAA